CCAAUUUCAUAAUGCAUUCAGUAAUUGUUUAUAUGUACACAAUUUUUUGGUUUCUUAUUUGUGUUGCGAUUGGAUCUGAAUCAAUUAAUUCGGAAUUUUCAACAAAAAGUUCUCUCGAUUCUUUACUUCAAGAAUAUGCUUUCAAGGCAUUAUUAUGGCCAAAAACAAAAACAGGUACUGCUUAUGAAGGAACUGUUCCUUCUAACUUGUCUGGGAUUAAAAUAUCCGCGCUGAUGCUUCGAAGAGAUAGCUUAAAAUGGAGAGGAUAUGGUUAUUAUCAUGAAUUUCUUAUCCCAACUGGAAUCACUGUAGAGCCUUAUGUAACAAGAAUCGUUCUUGUCUAUCAAAAUCUUGGUAAUUGGUCGUCUUUUUAUUAUCCUUUACCUAUUGGUUACAUUUAUCAAACACCAAUUUUGGGUAUUUUGACUUACGAUGCGAUGGAUAUGUGUGCCAAAAAUAAAUCACAAUUGCAAAUCCAUCCAUUGGAAAAUCCUGUAGACAUCAAGUUCAGUGAUGUAACGUCUGAGUCUGAGUCUGAGUCAGAGGAGUCUUCGCUCAAGUGUGUUUAUUUUGACUCGAAUAAUUCCAUCGAGUUUAGUAAUGUGACUAAUGGUAAUAUAUGUUCAACGAGAAAACAGGGACAUUUUGCUGUUGUUGCUGAAGUGAAUGUUGCUCCUAGCCCCGCUCCUUCUGCUGAUGAUGGAAAUGAUCAUCGAAUAAUCACGUCUGAGGUCUGGACUAUUUCAUUGGGUUUUUUAGGUUUCGCAUUUUUGGGAGUAUUAUUUGUUUUCGCGCAAAAUUGUAUAUUAGUUGAAACAAGACCGCUAUUUUUGGAAGAUUCAGCAGCAAUAAUUGUACCAUUACUUACUGAGGUGCCAGUCGCAGAGGAAGCUCCGUACAGAUCUUCGUCGGAGAACGAUUACGCGAUUAGGCCGUUGCCGGAGAACGAUUAUAUGGCUCAAAUUAAUUGACAACUUUAGUCAACAAUGUGUGUAUAUUCAUUGCCAGAGGUGCAACCAUUUUUUUUUAUUGACGUGCGUGGUGUAACAUGUCCAUGUGGUGUAGCUAAACUUUUUGCUGAGGUGUCCAAAUUUUCGAAUUAAGUAAAUGUUUUUUUUUCGA